AUGUGGAUGGAAAUUGAAGAGCGGACAUUCAAAAAUGCUAGGUUUACACUGAGAAAUAUCUUAAUCCAGUAUUUAUUCUGUGCGUUCUUGUUGUUUGGGAUCUGGAUACCUCCGUUAUUCAUAUAUUUCCACCAUCACCAUGAGAGCUACCAGAAUAAUACCCAGGAGUCUGAAUCACUCUUGUCCCUUGAAAAAUAUGGGCAUCAACAAAUCUUCCACAACCCAGGACAAAUACCAAGACCACAGGUAGUAACUGACCCUUCCGACAAAGAGGAGCCUAAAAGCCCCAGGCUACUUUCUCUGAAAAACAACAAUUUUAACUUUUCAGACCCAGAACUUACUAGUGGACUUUUAAAAUAUGGACUUAAUAUUAUAGUCAGCAAAAGUUUGGGCUACCAGAGAGAUGUGCCGGAUAGCAGAAAUGCCAUAUGUCUGGGGAAACAAUACCCAAUGAACCUGCCCACUGCCAGCGUCGUCAUUUGCUUCUAUAAUGAGGAGUUUCAUGUCUUGUUCCGGACAGUGUCCAGUGUCAUAUAUCUCACCCCAUCCCACCUCCUGGAGGAGAUUAUUUUGGUGGACGACCAUAGCGAGUAUGAUGAUUUGAAAGAAAAACUAGACGGCUACCUGGAAAUUUUUCGGGGGAAGAUCAAACUAAUUAGAAACAAGGAGAGAGAGGGGCUGAUUCGAUCCAGAAUGAUUGGAGCAGGACAUGCUUCAGGGGACGUUCUGGUGUUCUUGGAUAGCCACUGCGAGGUCAACAGAGUCUGGCUGGAGCCCCUGCUGCAGGCCAUCUCCAAGAACCCCAAGAUGGUAGUGUGCCCUCUGAUAGACGUCAUUGACGAGAUGACCUUUGAAUAUAAGGCCUCUCCUCUUGUAAGGGGCAUUUUUGACUGGAACCUGCAAUUUAAAUGGGAUAAAGUUUUCUCUUAUGAGGUAGAAGGACCAGACGGACCAAGUAAACCAAUCCGGUCACCUGCCAUGGCUGGAGGGCUUUUUGCUAUAAAUCGGCAUUAUUUUUACGAAAUUGGACAGUAUGACAAGGGCAUGAAUUUUUGGGGAGGAGAAAAUGUGGAGAUUUCACUAAGGAUCUGGAUGUGUGGAGGCCAACUGUAUAUAAUUCCCUGCUCUCGAGUUGGACACGUCAUUAGGAACCAGAUAAAAAGAGAUCCUGACUUGGAGAGAGCUGUGAUAGAGAACUACCUCCGAGUGGUGCAUGUUUGGAUGGAUGAGCACAAGGCGCAUUUUUUCAACCGGAGACCUGCUUUGAAAUUUAAGUCCUAUGGAAACGUUAGUGAACGUGUGAAAUUAAGAAAACAAUUGAAGUGCAAGUCAUUCCAGUGGUAUUUGGAUACCAUCUUCCCAGAGUUGGAGGUAUCUGUGAACUUCUGGUGA